UUACUCGAGACUAAGAGCGAACAACCAGUUGUCCCCCAUUCAGGUUUUCCAAAUGUUAUUGGUGUCAUAGACUGCACCCAUGUGAAAGUUCUGGCACCAAGAGAAUAUGAGGCUGACUACGUAAAUCGCAAAGGCUACCAUUCACUCAAUGUACAGAUGGUGUGCGAUUCUGGCUAUCGUUUUCUGAAUGUGGUGGCAAAGUGGCCAGGAAGUGUGCAUGAUGCCAGGAUAUUUAGAAAUUCCUUACUUUGUCAGCAUUUAGAAAACGGAACUCUUGAUGGAUGUAUCUUGGGUGACAGUGGGUACCCCAGUAGACGUUAUCUGAUGACCCCUUACUUACAAACAAGGAACAGGGCACAGGAAAGAUACAACCGAUCACUACUGAGGACCAGGGUUAUUGUGGAGCAGGCAUUUGGCGUUUUGAAACGUCGCUUUGCUUGCUUGGCGUAUGGCCUGCGAUGCCACCCUGGAAGAUGCUGUAGCAUUAUCAUUGCUACUGUAUUCUUACACAAUUAUGGACUUGACUGUGGUGACAUCUUGGAACCCAAUUAGGAUAUGGAUGUAAAUCAACCCCCCAACAUUGUUCAUCAAGAAAACAACAAUGGAAUUCAAUACAGGGAUAUAUUUGCUGAACGUUAUUUUUCUUAAAAGUUUUCCUUGCAUGUAUAUACAUAUGUGUUGCGUUCUGAAAAAAACUGGGCAUAAUGCAUGUACAUAAAGUGUUGUCCCAGAUUAGCCUGUGCAGUCGGCACACGCUAAUCUGGGACAACACUUUACGCAUACCGGUAUGCAUUAUGCCUAGUUUUCUCAGAACGCAACUCAUAUACAGACAGGAAAUGUUUAUGACACAGGUAUGCCCCCCCCUAAAUGCUAUAAUAUCAACACAACUAUAUAAAAUAAAUGUUAAAUACAUAUUGCUUUGUAUGAAAAACAUAACAAAUAACAAUUAAUUUAACCCUUUCCCACUUGGAAGCAAAGUGAAAAUUGCUAUGAGCAAACAGCAUAAAUCCAGAACAGCCUGCAUGUAACACGCUGUCUGUUCAGGAUUUAUGCUGUUUGCUGCUCGUCCGUAUCUUGGGGUUGGAAGUGUGGCCUUUAAAAGUUGAAUUUAUUAAGAAGUCUUUAAUUAAAUUUAGUUUUCUUAGGACUUCAAAUCCGUCAAAAUACGUAUCUAAGUGAUAAAGGGUUAAAGAAACAAUGUCAAGAUUUAAUGGCAAGAAAUUAUCUAUUUGUUUCAAUAUAAGUGUUUUGUUGAGUUCAUGUAUUUCCUUUUCUUGGACAAUUUUAUUUUCAUAGUAAAUCUUCUUUGCCUCCCAGGCUCUAAUCUCGCUGGUAAUUCGCCGGCUUUCAAGAUCGUAUAACUCUUCCUCCACAUCAACCUUCCGUUUCUUCAUUGAUUUCUUGCCUGCAUGAUAAUAAAACACAAUAUAUUAUAGUAUUUGCUUUGUGAUAGUUCAUGCUUUAAAAUGAAUAUCCUGAUUGGAUUCCAAGAUGUCGCCACAGUCAAGUCCAUAAUUGUGUAAUUACAUGUAUACAGUAGCAAUUAUAAUGCUACCUUUUUUGAGCUUACUUGAUUUCUCAGGUGAGCUUUUGUGAUCGGUCUUUGUCCGUCGUCUGUCGUCCACAUUUGGUUUGAAAACACUCUAUAGGCCACAUUUCUUGUCCGAUCUUCAUGAAACUUGGUCAGAAGAUUUGUCCGAAUGAUACUUUGAUCGAGUUCGCAACUGGGUCAUGCUGGGUCAAAAACUAGGUCAGUAGGUCAAAAUAAGAAAAACCUUUUACACACUGUAGAAGUCACAUUUCAUGCACAAUCUUCAUGAAACUUUGUCAAAAUGUUUGUCUUAAUGACAUGAUGGUUGAAAAAUAUGGCUGGCAGGGGUGGGGGUUGACGCAGUUUCCUUAUAUUUAUAUAGUAAAAAAGCUUGUGAACACUCUAUAAGUCACAAUUUUUGCCCAAUCAUCAUGAAACUUGGUGAAAACAUUGGUUUAAUUAAUAUUUCAGAUGAGGUUGAAGAUGGUCCCGAUUGGUCUAAAAACAUGAUGGCCAAGGGAGUGGGACUGUUUUUAGUAUAUGAGUAUAGAGAAACCUUGUGAACUCUCUAGAAGUGAUAUCGUGAAACUUAAUCAAGACUUUGGUUUUAUUGAUAUCUCAGACAAGUUGGAAAAGGUCUCAGUUUGGUGCAAAAAAACACACUUUUUAGCUCACCUGAUUGCUCAGGUGAGGUUUUGGGGUUGGUCGUUGUCAGCCGUAUGUCAGUCCGUCCACAUUUGGUUUUUAAACACUCUUGCAUUCACAUUUCCCAAGCAUUCUUAAUCGAAGCUAUAUGGCUACAAGAUAUGAGUCAAGUUUGGUAAUGAGCAAAAUCACAUAAUAAAUGACAGAAUUAUUGUCCUUAGAUUGUCCAUGAUGAUACUUGACCAGGAUGUUUUUCUUGAUGAUAUCAAUGCAAAGUAUGACAUUGGUUCAUGUGGGAUCAAAAUCUUGGUCACAAGGUUCAAAUUUUUCAAAAACCUUUUAAAAAGGGUGAGCGAACUAGGGCCAUCUUGGCCCUCUUGUUUUUAAACAAGUUCUAAUUUGAUUAUGGUGAUUUCUUAUGAAAAGCGUGUUAACAAUUACUUAACCUUUUAUAAUACAUGUAUUGUUUUAAGUGGCUUAUAAUCACCUCUGUUUUUCUCUGGUGUCACUCCUGUAGAAACAUCCGACUCCAAGAGUAUCUCGUAUCUGUUAGAAAAUUAUUGAUAUUGAAAGAAACUUAUUUCUACAAUUGAUAAACCAUAUUUAAUGUAUUUUUCCACAGAAAUAAAAUAAGGGAAAUUUACAAA